AGGGCUAAAGUCAGGAACGCUUUACACGGCAAGUGGAUCCAGCUCAAACAUUCUCCUGGCAGGAGCUGUCUCACAAUCGCACUUGUGGCACAGUCGUUUGGGCCACAUGAGCGAGAAAGGAAUGAAGGUACUAAAGUCGAGAGGACUUUUGCACGAGUUGAAGUCAGUGGACGUGGGUCUCUGCGAGCAAUGCGUGCUUGGAAAGCAGAAGCGAGUGAGCUUCAUAACCACCGGAAGAGCUCCAAAGACAGAAAAACUGGAGCUCGUGCACACUGACUUAUGGGGGCCAGCACCGGUGACAUCUCUUGGAGGAUCGAUGUACUACAUGACGUUCGUCGAUGACUGCACAAGAAAGGUAUGGGUGUACUUUUUGAAAAGAAAAUCCGAAGCCUUUGAUACUUUCAGGAGAUGGAGAGCACUCGUGGAGAAAGAGACAGGUCUGGAAGUGAAAUGUCUCAGAUCCGACAACGGUGGCGAGUACAACAGUGAAGCCAUCAAGGAAUACUGCGUUGAUCAUGGGAUCCAGAUGCAGAAGACG